GGUCAUCUCCAUCCCAGAAUUUUGCACAACUUUGCUCAAUGCAGUGCUCUGGCCCAAUACCGCCAUAUCACUGAUUUUCCAACAUGUCGUGCAGCCCUGAUUGAGUGCCAAACGCGCAGCGAUGGCAAGCGACCGCGCAAGCGACCGCGCAAGCGACGGUAAGCGCAAGCGACGGUAAGCGCAAGCGACGGUAAGCGCAAGCGACGGUAAGCGCAAGCGACGGUAAGCGCAAGCGACGGUAUGCGCAAGCGACGGUAUGCGCAAGCGACCGCGCAAGCGACUGCAAGCGCAAGCGACCGCGCAAGCGACCGCGCAAGCGACCGCGCAAGCGACCGCGCAAGCGACUGCAAGCGCCCGCAAGCGACCGCAAGCGCAAGCGACCGCAAGCGCAAGCGACGGCAAGCGCAAGCGAGACUUUUGUGCUUGUCUUGCAAGGUGGAAGAGACAAUGCACGAAACGAAGAGCCGGCGGACGGAGGCCACCAGACCCGUGAGCGGGGUGCAAAGGAAGGAAUCAACCAAAGAAAGCAGUCCAAGUGAUGAAGAGGAGCCUGAUGCAUGGCUGGCCAAGGCUGGCCAGAGGGUUGCCGGGGCAGCGGAUGGGACGAGCGCCAGCCUGCACCGAGAGGGACCGGGCCGCACCCGCAAGACCAGGGAGGGGGCAGGCGGAAGACGAGUCCAGAGAGGGACCGGACCGGACCGCGAGACCAGAGGUUGCGCGAGGCGGAGGAGGAGUCCAAACGUCGAGUACCGGCCGGGAGGGGACCCGAACCAUCGGCCGUGACGAGCGGCCUACAACAGACGGACGCACGGGUGCAGAUGCGGCGAGGGCAAAGUGCCCAGCCAGCAUUUAAGGAGAGUAUCACUUUGUUUUUCCUUUGGUGCUUUCUUUCUUGCCCUCCCUCCCUCCCUCCACUUUUUCACUGGGUGUGCACACUGGCCGUCUGCAUGAUGCCUUUCUUUCUCAGCGCAGCGUCAUUUUGCAAUAUUGUUUUAUUGUUGUGUUUUUUAAUACAUGAACUGUUUGGACUGUCAUUGUGUGUGUGUACCUCUGAACCUGAAUUAAACUGAACUGAAUUCAA